AUGAAUAUUCAAGAAAUCGUCCAAAAUCUGCGGCUGCUCGGCGCUGACCCCAGCGACAUACCCGAUAUGCUAUUCGAUCUCUCCAUGCAGGCAUACGAAGUGUACAAGGACUCGGGGAGAAUAAAAGACAUCAAUGCUGCGGUAGAGUUCGCAAGGGGCUGCGACGACAAAGACUGCCAUGAUAGCCCGGCGCUGCCAGACAGGCUCAAUUAUUUGGCCUUUCUAUUAACAGUGAGAUACAAGAGAUUGGGUGAGAUAGAAGAUAUUAAAGAGGCAAUCAAAGUUGCUCGGCAGGCAGUCCACCUAACUCCACAAGGGCAUCCUGAGCUGGCGAAGAGAAUAACUGAGCUUGGGAACGGGCUUGCGGUCCGGUUUAGAAGUAAUGACGAUAUAUCAGAUCUGAUCGAGGCUGUCCAGUGGGCCAAACAAGCAGUUGAGCUGACACCAUCCGACCACCCCGACCGAGCCUCGUGGCUCAACAACUAUGGGAACCGCCUCGCCACCUUUUAUGAGCGAAAUGGUGAUGUGGCGAAUUUGGACGAGGCUAUUAAGGUUCUUGGAGAGUCAGUUAAGAGUACACCUACGGGCCACCCGAAUAUGGCCGGCAGGAUGAACAACCUUGCAAAUUGCUUUUCAGUACGAUAUCGAACCGUACAUGAAGAGGCUGAUAUUCAAGAGGCGGUAAAGGCAGCACGAAGUGCUAUGAAACUCUUGCCUGCUGAUUUUCCCAACCGCGGCAUCUGGCUGAAUAAUCUAUGUGUUAGCCUACUCAGUAUCUUUGAUCGGAAAGGCGAAAUAGACGAUCUUAAGGAAUCUAUUCAAGCUGCCCGAGAAGCUGUGGAGUCAACUGCUCCUGAAGAUACAAAUCUUGCUAUAUUCCUGUCCAGCCUCGUAAACGCUCUCCGAAGCUAUUACGAGUGCACAGAAACCGAUAUGCAUAUACAAGAGGCUAUUCAGCUCGCUACUCGAGCAAUUGAACUGACACCAAAAAGCCAUAUUUACUACCCUGAUAGGCUGGGAACCUUGGGACUCUGCUUUUCAAGCAAAUAUGGGAUCACAAAAGAUACGAAUGCCCUCGAGCAUGCGAUAAGUUUCACGAAGACUGCUCUCGGCCUGAUUCCAUCAGAUCACCCGUCUCGUGCUGGAUGGUUAAGUAACCUGGGGAAAUGCUUCCAAGAUCGCUUUCUCUCACAUAAUGAUUCUGCAGACUUGGAAGAAGCAUCGAAUUGCUUGGAAGCUGCUUGGCACUGUCAAAGUGCUGUUCCUUUCCAGCGUGUACAGGCUGCUGCAGGGUGUCUGAGGCUCCUUUUUAAACUGGGCAAGAUAGAAGUAGCCGCCAAGCUUGGCAAAGCAGUUAUUGAACUGCUCCCGGUAAUCAACACCAACACUCUGGAUCUGAAAGACAGACAGUUUAUCGUCCAAGGCUUUUAUAGCAUUGGAUCAGACGUUUGCUCGAGUUUUCUUUCAUUACACCAGUCGGUCGAAGCCUUGCAAAACUUGGAAAGAGGCAGAGCUUUCGCGAUAAGCAAUUUGAUAGACAUACGACACGACCUAUCACCUUUGCGAGAGAAAUAUCCCGCUCUUGCUUCAAGAUAUGAAAAGCUUCAAGGUGAUUUAUACGCUCCACUUGGGUGCAACUCUGCCCCAGAUCAACAAUGCCAACACGGGGAACGGCAGUCUCUCCUCAUCGAGUUCAAUGAAUGUGUCAGAGAAAUCAGAGAUUUGCCGGGUCAUGAACGCUUUUUGCUUGGCCAAACAGUAUCCGAGAUGCAAGAUUCUGCCGGUGGUGGCACAAUUAUUAUCGUUAACGUCACUGGACUUCGCUCCGAUGCUAUAUUGGUGUGUUCAUCCCGUAUCAAGUCCUUAAAUCUUCCGAAACUGCUUUACUCCGACGCAGCUACUUGGCUUCAGAAGAAGUGGACAUGGCGUGGGAGUUGGCGCCGGUUUGAAAAAAAAAACAAAGAAUAUUGCAAAUACUUGUUUUGGCUAUGGGAUGUUUGCGUCGACCCCAUCCUCAAAGAACUAAACACAAAACAUUCUACGGCAAAUAACCCUCAACGUGUUUGGUGGAUUGGGACUGGUGUUGCCAGCAAAAUGCCAUUCCAUGCGGCUGGGUCACAUUCUAUCAAUUGCGCGGAGAACACUUUGAGUAGAGUUGUUUCAUCAUAUAUUCCAUCUAUCAAAGCCCUUGGGUUUGCUAGAACACGAGCUACUGCAACAAAACAGACGAAGGGAUCCAUGUUAAUCGUCACUAUGUCUACGACGCCAGGCCGAAGUACAGGAGGCGAUUCUACAUGCGAUGAUCUGCCAGGAGUAUUGAGAGAAAGAGAAGAGAUAAUGAAAGUCCUUCCGGCGACCCUUCAAACUGAGACCCUGGACCUGCCAAGCGCGCAUGAUGUGAGCUUGAAGUUGAAAGACUGCUAUAUCGCCCACUUUGCCUGCCACGGUUCUGCAGACCUUCUAGACCCAGCGAAGAGCGGGCUGGUUCUACAACAGUUCCGAGAUGGCCAGCCCGAGCGAGACCACCUUGAGGUAAAUAAAGAAUCAUCAGCUAUGGGAUGA